AUGCCCUCCACGAGAAGCAUCUCGGCACUCUUGUGCCUCCUCUUAACUGCCACUCCUACCUCAGUUCUUUCAGUCCCCAUCUCCAAGAACCACGCCCUCCUCCCCAGACAAUUCAACAGUAACUCCCAAGAGGGCUUCAACUGGGACUUUUCCAUCCCCGACGGCCCGGGCUUCCAUACCGGCAGCUCCAGCUCCAACAGUUACAAUGAGAAUAAGAACCGUGGUGACUCGGAUAUGACGUCUGAUACUACCGCGAAUUCGGAUACUUCGAUUGGUAUCCCGGAUGGUCCGAGUGUCAACUUUGGGAACUUUUUUAGUUCGCAUUAUGAAGAGAGUGAACCUGAGCCGGAGCCUGAACCUCAACCUGAGCCAGAGCCUGAGCCUGAGCCUGAGCCAACUCCUACACCUGCGCCGCCGACUCCCCCGCAUACACCUGAAGAGCCGGAGUCUCCUCCUCCUAGCCCAUCUUCUGAACCGACUCCCGAGCCCGAGUCUACCCCCGAACCUGAGCCGACUCCUGAGCCCCAACCUGAACCUGAGCCUACCCCGGAGCCCGAACCUGAGCCCCAACCUGAAGAGCCCGAGCCCCAGCCCGAGCCUCCUGUCCAUGAGACCCCGGCGGAACCUGAACCCCAGCCUGAACCGGAGCCUGAGGUCGUCGUCGUCGAAGCAUGCCCCGCCCCUGAGCCUGCUCCUGGUCCUGAAGCUCAACCGCAGCCGGAAUCUGAACAGGAGCAGGAGCAGGAGCCGGAGCAGCCCGAACAGCCAGAGCAACUGGAACAAGAACCUGUGGCUGCGUCUCCGGUAGAACAAGCACAAGAACCGGAACCGGAACCCCAGCCCGAGCUUGAGCAUGCCAAUACAUGCCAGUGCGCUUCUUGA